GGGGCAGCUGCGGCCCGGACCCCGAGCGUGGGGCCCUCGAACGGAUAAAGAUCUCCGGCCUGCGGAAAACCAACUCCUCUGAAGCCAGAGCUGUGCAAGGUCACUGAUGGUCACCUGGCAUCUCCGUUGUACAGGCAGGUCCUCAGGUGACCUCCACCAGCUCCUCUCUCAUCCUCGUAGGGUUCGUGUCGGUUUGCAAACAUGUUCACUGUAUCUCAGACAUCCAGAGCAUGGUUCAUUGACAGAGCAAGGCAGGCACGAGAAGAAAGGCUGGGGCAGAAGGAGCGGGAGCGCUCAGCUGUGAUCAUUCAGGCUCUUGUCCGUAGUUUUCUCUGCCGGAGGCGACUUCACAGAGACAUCAGGAUAGAGAUUGAUGAGUUUUUCAAAAGGGAUGACUCUGGGUCCAGUAAAAGAAGUGCACUUUGUAUUUUUAAGAUUGCCAGGAAGCUGCUGUUCAUAUACAAAACUAAAGAGGACCAUGAGAGACUGGAGAAGUUGUGCCGUAGCAUCCUGAGCAGCAUGGAUGCAGAGAAUGAGCCAAAGGUAUGGUACGUGUCCCUGGCUCUUUCCAAGGACCUUACUCUGCUGUGGAUUAAGCAGAUCAAAAGCAUCCUAUGGUACUGCUGUGAGCUUCUUGAACAGCUCAAGCCGGAAAUCUUACAAGACUCCAGGCUCAUCACACUACACCUCACCAUGCUUGUCACCUUCACAGACACUUCAACAUGGAAGAUUCUCCGGGGAAAAGGUGAGAGCCUUCGGCCAGCCCUGAACCAUAUUUGUGCAAAUAUAAUGGGCCAUCUGAACCAGCGUGGAUUUUACUCUGUGUUGCAGGUACUGCUGACCCGAGGCCUGGCCAGAUCCCGGCCCUGUCUGUCAACGGGCACGUUAACGGCGACCUUCUCUCUGGCAUUGCGCCCUGUAGUUGCUUCGCAGUUCUCGGACAAUCUGAUGCGACCGUUUGUCAUCCACAUCAUGUCGGUACCUGCUCUCGUGACUCAUCUCAGCACAGUGGCCCCUGAGCGUCUCAGUGUUUUAGAAUCCCAUGACAUGCUUCGCAAAUUCAUCGUCUUCCUAAGAGACAGAGACCGAUGCCUUGAUGCCUGUGAAAGUUUAGAAGGGUGCCAUACGCUAUGUCUCAUGGGCAACAUCCUCCACUUGGGCUCCCUCAACCCCAAGGUGUUAGAGGAAGAAACAGACGGGUUUGUGAGCUUGCUCACGCAGAUGCUGUGCUACUGCCAGAAAUAUGUGUCCCAGAAGAAGUCCAAUCUCACCCACUGGCACCCUGUGCUCGGCUGGUUUUCCCAGUCGGUGGACUAUGGCCUCAACGAGUCCAUGUACCUGAUCACCAAACAGCUGCAGUUCCUAUGGGGGGUGCCCCUCAUCCGAAUUUUCUUCUGUGACAUCCUCAGCAAGAAGCUGCUGGAGCACCCCGAGCCAGCCCCUGCUCAGCCAUCCUCCCCACAGAACGUGCUCCCAGUAAAGAGUCUCCUCAAGCGUGCAUUUCAGAAGUCGGCCUCAGUCCGGAACAUCCUCAGGCCUGUCGGGGGCCGACGCGUAGACUCCGCUGAGGUGCAGAAGGUCUGCAGCAUCUGUGUCCUCUACCAGACCUCGCUGACGACUCUCACCCAGAUCCGCCUGCAGAUCCUCACAGGUCUUACGUACCUUGAUGACCUGCUGCCCAAGCUAUGGGCAUUUAUCUGUGAGCUGGGGCCCCACGGAGGGUUAAAGCUCUUCUUGGAAUGCUUGAACAAUGACACUGGAGAGUCGAAGCAGCUCCUGGCCAUGCUGAUGCUGUUCUGUGACUGUUCACGGCACCUCAUCACCAUCCUGGAUGACAUUGAAGUGUAUGAAGAACAAAUCUCAUUCAAGCUGGAAGAGCUAGUCACCAUCUCCUCUUUCCUCAAUUCCUUCGUGUUUAAGAUGAUCUGGGACGGGAUUGCAGAGAACGCCAAGGGCGAGACCUUGGAGCUGUUCCAGUCUGUCCACGGGUGGCUGAUGGUGCUGUAUGAGCGAGACUGCCGGAGGCGCUUUGCUCCUGAGGACCACUGGCUGAGAAAGGAUCUCAAGCCCGGUGUGCUCUUCCAGGAACUUGACAGGGACCGAAAGAGGGCUCAGCUGAUCCUGCAGCACAUCCCCCAUGUUGUUCCUCACAAGAAUCGAGUUCUCCUGUUCCGAAAUAUGGUUACCAAGGAGAAAGAGAAGCUGGGGCUUGUGGAAACUAGCUCUGCCUCCCCUCACGUCACUCAUAUCACUAUCCGAAGGUCCCGGAUGUUGGAGGAUGGCUACGAACAGCUCCGGCAGCUGUCCCAGCACGCUAUGAAGGGUGUGAUCCGGGUGAAGUUCGUCAAUGACCUUGGGGUGGACGAAGCUGGCAUCGACCAGGACGGUGUCUUUAAGGAGUUUCUGGAGGAGAUCAUCAAGAGGGUGUUUGACCCAGCACUCAAUCUGUUCAAGACAACCAGCGGAGAUGAGAGGCUCUACCCCUCACCCACAUCCUACAUUCAUGAGAAUUACCUGCAGCUCUUUGAAUUUGUGGGAAAGAUGCUGGGAAAAGCUGUCUAUGAGGGGAUCGUGGUGGACGUGCCCUUUGCCUCUUUUUUCCUGAGCCAGAUGCUUGGGCAUCACCACAGUAUCUUCUAUAGCUCCGUGGAUGAGCUCCCAUCACUAGACUCGGAGUUUUAUAAAAACCUUACCUCCAUCAAGCGCUAUGAUGGAGACAUCGCUGACCUUGGGCUGACACUGUCUUACGAUGAAGACGUCAUGGGUCAGCUUGUCUGCCAUGAACUGGUUCCUGGAGGGAAAACCAUUCCUGUUACAAAUGAAAAUAAAAUUAGCUACAUCCAUCUGAUGGCACAUUUUCGAAUGCACACGCAAAUCAAAAACCAGACAGCUGCUCUCAUUAGUGGUUUCCGUUCCAUUAUUAAGCCUGAGUGGAUCCGAAUGUUCUCCACCCCUGAGCUUCAGCGUCUCAUCUCUGGGGACAACGCUGAGAUGGAUCUGGAAGAUUUAAAGAAGCACACCGUGUACUAUGGAGGCUUUCAUGGGAGCCACAGAGUCAUCAUCUGGCUCUGGGAUAUUCUGGCUUCCGACUUCACACCCGAUGAAAGAGCAAUGUUCCUGAAGUUUGUGACCAGCUGCUCCAGACCCCCACUCCUAGGAUUCGCCUACCUCAAGCCUCCCUUCUCCAUCCGCUGUGUGGAAGUGUCGGAUGACCAGGACACUGGGGACACCCUGGGCAGUGUCCUCAGGGGCUUCUUUACUAUCCGCAAGCGGGAGCCAGGUGGGCGUCUGCCUACUUCUUCCACCUGCUUCAACCUGCUCAAGCUGCCCAACUACAGCAAGAAAAGUGUCCUCCGAGAGAAACUGCGCUAUGCCAUCAGCAUGAACACAGGCUUUGAGCUCUCCUAGCCCAGCUCCAAUCUCCACCUGCCCUGGAGAGCACUACAGAGCCCUUCGGCUUCUGGAGGCACCAUGCUCCCAGGGGUGUGGCCAGCCUACUUGAGUCCUCAGACUCUCUCAAUAGCCAUGAGACGCCCAAGCGUGGGGAUGCUACACAGCACACUCAAUGUUCUAGGGAGUGCUGUUAAAAAUAAGCCCCUGGUUUUCCCCAUGUGCCCCUUCCUGCCUUCUAGUGAUUGCAGAGGAGCUCCUGGUGGUUCUGUGAGGCUUUCUUCCUUUGCCCUCUGAGUACACACAGCCUGUGCCUGUGAGCUCCUCCUUCCGUUCUGAAAACUCAGGUAAGGCCUCGCCAAGCCUCUAUGCACGGCAGAGUCCCUGCCUCUACCCUGCCCACAGCGGCCUCUUCCCAGGCAAUCAAACCCAGCUCGUGCCAGGGAGGCUGCCGAGCACAGUUCAGGGUCUUUCCUACAGGGGAGCAGGUGUUCCACACCACAGCCCUCUCUCCCAAGUCCUCAGCAGGCCAUGCUGUCAGGGAACCCUUGCUGUUAGCCCCUGGCCUGGGUACUGGUGUCCUAGCUUAGAAGAGAAACUUGCCACCCUGGAGAGCUUCCCCAUUUCUGGAGUACCCAGAACCUACUGGCUCUGAGUGUCUGCCCUGCUCGUCACCUUACAGAGAAACACAAGAGCCUACAGCACCCAUCAUCUGGGCAGUGCUUUGUUCCAGGGACUGCAAAGCCCGUCCCUUGCACAGGAACCCUUCUGCACUGAAAGGCCUAGGAGGCUACGGUGUAUCCACAUGCCUUCGCACCACCUCUCUUGGCUGCACUCUUUGUUUUGGACCUUAUUCUGUUUUCCCACCAUUGUGCUCCUGGGCCCUCCUUUUGCCCUUUAUCUUAAGACCUUUCUGCAGGUUCUAGAUGCUGAGGCAGACACUCUGGGCUCAGUGUCUCAUCUCAUCUAGUUCUUACACCCUCUUGGAGGCCAGGAGUCCUGGUCCCUCCUCCACUCUGUGGAGCCAGCUUAGGGCUACAGCGCUCAAAGCAUGGAAACACCUUCCAUCAGGAACCUGCACACUGUGGGAAAGUGGGCAUGUCCUGUUCCCGCUGUGGCUGGAAGCCUGGGAAGGGCCCCUGGGCUUCUGGAGAGUGGUGCAAGCCUUGCUUGGAUGGAAGGAUGGCAAGGUCCUUGGAAGAUGUCUGGCAGCCAUGUGUGUAUUCAGCUUGCCCAUGGAUCCCUGUGCCCUGUGCACAGUCUGCACAAAUAACAUGGAGCCUGAGAAUUACGGCAAGGACAUGGGGAGAGAAUGGGUUAAAAACACCAAUAUCAACUUGACCUGUUUGUUUUUGACCUAGGGUUGUCUGUAGUUCACUUUGAGCCUGCUUUCCAGCAGUUAGAACAUCACACUAUCCAAGCCCCAAGUCUGUCAUAACUGGUGGUCACUGGCACCCGGUUGGCUCUUGGUGGCUCCACAAUAGGAGUGGGAUUUCUGUUUUAGUAGGUAACUUGUGAACUAAGACAUGUCAGGGCUUUAUUAAAUUUGUACUUGAGCAUA